GCUAAACACCACCAUCACGUUUCUUUGGUAGAGAGAAUAAUUUGAUCGAUUCCUACCUUCAAAACCCUGGAAUUAGGGUUUCUUCGAAGACAUCAAUAUGCAGAAGAAAGAGAGACGACGAAAGUUCCAUGAAUCCCUCCUCAACAUGCUUUAUCCUCCUCCACCGUCCCCUCCUCACCAAGAAAGAGAUGCGGAAGAGCCGGUGAACAUAUUGCGGGAUUGCUUCAAUGUCAAUAACAUUUCAGAUGAAUUGGGGGAGAGUGGCUCGUCCAGCGAAGGCGAGGGUGAAUGUGGGCCUCAGAAGCUCACUAGGGCACAGAGGAAGAGGCUUCGGAAGAAGAAGAUCAAGGAAGGUGCUUCACGUCGUAGGAAAAUUAUUGGCCCUCUGUUACCUACUCCUAGUGAUGAUCAUGAUCAUGGUGAUAGUACAAGUGAGCCUCAAGGUGUUCGACGUAAUGUCGAUGAGGAAUCAGACAUUGGAAACGACAAGCCCGGAGAGCCUGCUGCUUGCAUGAAUCAGAACAAGCUAAAACAUAGAAGGAUGGCUAAAAAGCAGGCCAGGGAGAGGUCAAAGGCCUCUAUUACUGAGAAUUGCCAUCAAGAUUGUGGCCCUUGCAGUAACAAUAAAAGUAGUCCCCGAGAAUUUUAAAUUACUGACACUGCGGCAAUAUUGUCUAAGAUACAAAGUGCAGUGGUUAACAAGCAGAAGUAAUGCUGAUAUCAGCGUUUAGCAGUAAAGCUAAUGGCUGAGGACAGUUGGAAACCCUGUCCAGAGGUAGAACCCAGAAGCAUAAGCUGAUGCAGCAACCCAUUGACCAAUCUGGUUGAAGAAACACUACGCAUUGGAAAAGCUAGUGGACUAAAUGCCCGGUUUAAGCAACGGUUCAGACGGUCAAGUCAAUUAACUUGAGUGGAUAGAUCUGCCUAAUGUCGGAGAUUAAAGGGAGAAUCUCUCAAUUAGCGUUGGUUUACUCUUUAUCACACUUGAGCAGACCGAAUGCUAGCAGCUAGCUUUCCCCAUUGUAAGGUUAUAUGGUGCUUUUAGCCAUUCUGUCCUCUAAAUGCCACGGUUAUUUUGGUUGCCGCUUUUGAAAGACGCUUGUUGUAUCAGCCUGCUGCUCUUGAAAGACCUUUGUUGUACCAGCCCGAGUUUAUAAGUAGGGGAAAAUGGAAAAAGAAAAAGAAAGACACACUUCCACUUGUGCUGAAUAAUAUUUAUGGGCUUUCUUUGAUUAUUUUAAACACACA